UGAUGGACGCCCUAAGGCCACACUUGCAGACAAUAUAUACCUACCGCACAAUCUCAAACGCUUCUCAUUUUCACAGAGAGAACAUCAGGCAGAGCACAGAGGGAGAGGGGGAGAGAGGCAGCAGAGACAGAAGGUCCUGCUUCAAGAUUGUGCUGUGGUUCCAGCAAGGUGAGCUGUCGGGAGUGGAUGCCUCGAGCCCCACACCCCGUAACUUGACAUUCAGGUCGUCGGGGGCAGCCAUGUCGAAGGAAGAAGCGGGCUGUAAGCUGGCCUCGGUCUACAAGCACAAAGAACGCAAACCCAAGAAGCCCCACUACAUCCCCAGGCCAUGGGGGAAGCCCUAUAACUACAAGUGCUUCCAGUGCCCUUUCACCUGCAUGGAGAAAUCUCACCUUUACAACCACAUGAAGUACAGCCUGUGCAAAAACUCCCUCUCGCUGCUCAUCGAGUCGGACUGGCCCUAUAAGAAGGGCAACCUCCUCCACCCAGAUCUCCGACUCCUGCAUGCCACAGAGGCUUCGCGGACUCGCGGGAGGCCUGAUGAGCCCGAGGUGCGUGCCUCGGGGGCCACUGGAACCACAAACCACAAGCAGGCAGCGGACAGGGAGAGCGGCGGAGACAAACUUGCAGGCACUGAAGACGUGGCCUCGGAAAGGAUGAGUGAUGAAACCAACCAGUUCCAAGAGGAGGAGGAAGAGGAAGAGGAGGAGCUGUCCGGGCUGCUGCAGGACAUGGACUCCGGGGAGAAGAAGGAGAAGGCGAAAGAGGUCAGCCCUGCUGGGGAGGACUCAGCAGAGCCUGACAUGAACACCUUGCUCUUCCGGUUUAAAAAUAAGAGGGAUAAGCCUUGCAAAGACCCCACGCCGGACUUCAUCAUCACGGAUGUCUUCUCCUUGAAGAAGCAUGUGGUGAAGGGGAAAGAGCCACCUUCCCCUCUGGAGUUAGAAGCCAAACCAAAGCAUUGCAAAAUACCCAAAAAGUGCCCCGGGGCUGGCGGGGUCCUGAUGGAACAAUGGAAGCUAGUAGCCAAUGGGCAAAGGAGAGGUGCCAGUGAGGUCCCAACCUUGUCUCCCGAUGGCAACAUCAUUCCCUGUUACCCUCCUCCAGCAUACGGUGAAUACCAUGAACCCCAGAGCCUCAACCUCUCUUUGCUGGGGAUCAACUAUCCAUUGAACCCCAACCUCUUCUCUUAUCUCAGCCCUUCUGUGACCAGCAGCACCACACCACACUCCCACCUGACCCAGCUGCCUUUCCUGGCCUCCACUGCCCAGCUGAUGCACCCCCAUUCUGCUCAUUUCCAGCCCCUGCAGAACCCUGAGAGGUCGGCCUUCCUGCCCCGCUUCUACUACCCGCUCCUCUUUGAGCAUUCUUUUGGUUCAGCGGAAAACAAGAUGGCCGCCACCAAGCCUGAGGCCCAGCAACAACCCGCAGCCGCCAUGCCCGCUCCUCCCCAGGCCAAAACCCCCACAGAGCCCCCAAAAGCUGGCCUGCUGAAGGUGCCAGUGCUGAAGACUGGCCAUCCUUGGGUGAAAGGGUUUCGGGAAGAGCCACCUCCUCCUGAAACAAGCCACAAAGCGUUGCUGCUCCAAGCUGAAGAGGAGAAAUGGCUGCUCCGCGAGAAGGAGAGCGGUUCUUUCCUGGGUGUCAACAGCCUGUGCAGAAAGCCAGUCCCUGAUGCCUACCGGAGCAUCGCGGGUUUAAAAGAGGGAGCCGCCCUUCUCCCCAAUAGCGUCAGGAAGGCAGAACUAUCCACGGCCACUUGCUUGGAUAGUGGAGGGAACAACCACAGCAACCUGAAGAGGAAAUUUGCAGGGAACAGCCUUGAUUUUGUAGGCGCUGAUGUACUGACUCCUGCAAAAGUCACAUACCAAGCCAGCAGUUUAAGAGCUGCCCCUAUGCAACCCUCAAAGUCUCUGGAUCAUUGGCACGUAGAACUCCAUGCCUGCCCACCUGAAGACCAGGAAAAGAUUGGCGGCUCUGACAUUUUAUCCCCCAUAAUUACACCUUCGGACCACCUACUUUUCAAGCCAAGCAAAGCAGAAGCUGUAACUGUUGACCCGAGAGACCCAGAGGCAACAACAGUGCUCAUUGGUGACUUGUCCAAAACUUUAGAGGAGUAUCAGGAUGUGGAGAAGAAGCUCUCAGACCUGGCCAAAGAGGACAGCCCAGCGCAGAAGCAGCUAAGGGACCAGCUAAUCAAAAUCCGGCAGGAAUUGUUCCAUAUCCACCAAGCACUGGAGAAGGCAGCCAAGCCCAGCGAGGGCCCUUUGGAUCUCUCGGUGAAAAGGUCCUCAAGAGGUUUGGAGAAAGGAUACCAGGACAAGAAGGAACCCAAGGAUGCGCUUGGUGUUGGGAAGGUCUAUGACAAGGAUCCAGGUUCCAUCAAUAGAUGCUUGGUGGUGGGUGAAGCUAGCGAAGAGGAUGAGGCAUCUGAUCGUCUUGUUGAGACAGAGAACAAAACCAUUGACCUGUUGAUCAAAAUGAGUCGUUCAGAGGCUCUCCGGAGAAGCUCCUCUUCAGACACCCACCUGGGAGCCGUAAUCAAAGCCGAGGUGCUCCCACUCACUGUCCCACUAGAACUCAGGCACGUGAUGGAGCCCUAUUACAGCCGUACCACCAAGUGUGAGGCAGACUCCAGUGUCCUGCUGUGCACAGAUGGGAGACCCAACCCCAACCAAGGCCCACCACUUCCUGUGACCGAAGACAUCCCGGCAAUGGGGUGUCGAGCCAUCCCACGCUCCCUGUCAUGUGGUCUGCCAAAUGAGACAGACAGGGUGUGCAUCCACAGUCCUAUAAACACAGACCCGUGAUCCUCUCUGUUUGCACUUGCCCAGAGUGCUUCGACAUAUCCCCUGCCCACAAAACUCCCUUUCCACACUCUUCCUGCAAACUCCAACAAACAGUCAAAAAAGGCUUUGAGGUCUGGAAGGUGCCCUACCCAUCACAAUGGCCUCUUGAACUUUGUGACAUGAAAUCCAGGUGGAUCAUAUAGCAUCCCCUUUUCAGAUAUUUAUGAAAUGGAGCUGCAUUUGAAAAGUCCCAUCCACACCUGUACGUCCUCCUCUCAUUAUGUCCCCAAUCUGCAGACCUGGAGA